AUGGCGCAACCUCUUCCAGCCGCGCUCAAGAUCCCCGAGGUCAGUCGCUUUAUCAACCGCGCAAAUCAGCUGAGGAACCACAAGCCCGCCAUCUCAUACUGGUGUGAAUACCAUGCCGUCAAUCAGAUCGUGGGAAAGGGGCUACACAAUACAGACGACGAGACCUUUGAGUUCACAAAGACCCUCAUCGAACGUCUAGAGUCCACAAAAACAGAGCGCGCCGACGACGACGCCAUUGUCGACAAUGUAGCAGGUCAGGCAUACGUCGAGCAGUUUGCCAACGAUACAUUCGACCGCGCUGAUCGAACCCUCCGAGCCAACAAAGUAACAAGACAGACUGCUGAUACAUUCGACGCCGCCGCCACCUUCUUCGAUCUCACUCGCGAGUGGGGCGAACCCGACCCCGAGGUCCUGCAAAAGAUAAAGUUCGCCAAAUGGAACGCCGCUCGUAUCUUCAAGGCCGUACGUGAGGGCAAGGAUCCGAACGAGUCGAACCCGAAGGCCCCUGAGCCUGAAGCGGCGCCGGCGCUGGACCCGUCUGACCCCGAUGUGCAGCUGCUCACGGGACCGCCUCCGGCGUCGGUGGAGGACGCGCCGGACGCGGGGGAGCCGCCCAGUGUUCCCACCUUCACGGAUGCGCCGCCAGAGAUUCCUGACCCGGGAUACUUCCCUCCUCAGCCGCACCCUGAUGCGAGGGCGCCGGAACCAUUCGUUCCCUCUCCACUGAGCCAGAGUCCAACGCCUGGUCUCACGGGGGUUCCUCCUCCACCUCCUGCGGCGCCAGCGGGCAUCUCCCCCGUGCCCGACAUCCCUCCUCCUCAGCCAGCGACGCAGAUCCCUCCCCAACCAUCGCCUCAGAUUCCCACCAAACUUCCCUCCCAGUAUGCGCCCCCUCCUCCACAGCCUUCGUCCGGUUCGUCUGCACCUCCCUCCUGGUCCACGACCCCGAGCGUGCCCCAUCCGGCCGCUUCGAACCCUCCUCCAGCGAUCCCUCAAGCGCCCGCUCCUCAGGCGUACGUGCCGGCUCCAGCUCCAAUUCCUGCGCCAGUGCCUGCCCCUGUGCCGGCGCAAAGCAUGGGCGGCUUUACGGCGGAUCAUAGGGAUAUCAACCAGGCGCAGAAGCAUGCCAAAUGGGCGAUAUCGGCCUUGAACUUUGAAGAUGUUCCAACGGCGAUAAAGGAGCUGCGGAAUGCGCUUGCUCUUCUAGGAGCGCAAUGA